GGCCGAAGUAAAUGGAAGACAAAGCACAAGCUGUAGAACAAACUCAUCUCAUAUGAAACGUCUCAGUAUCAACACAUUACCCAGUCUGGUAUGUAUCUUCUAGGUCUAGAGUCGCAUCCAACAAAAUCAGGUCACUAGAUUGGCUUAAAAAACGUGAAUCGAAGAGAAGGAAGAAACAGGGUGAGAAAAAGCUACGUGAUCUUUGUGAUCCUCUACGGAAGCCGAAAUGGAAGCAGCAACGGAAGCGCCAGCGGUACGAACAGUGGAAGCAACAGUGGUAGCGUUUGUAGAUACAGUUUUGAGACAAGAAGAGAUGAUCCUCAACGAGUGGGGCAACAAGCCGUUGUUCCUCCCUUUCCCUCUCUUCAUCGUCGUCUUCCUCCUUUCUCUGCAAGCUAAACUAAAGCUCGUUUCAACCCGUACUGCUUAUACUAGUAAUACCUACUGCCAGUUCCACGACAACCGAGUUGGGAAAAUAGGCUUCACUCCCUCCGCCAGCGCCGCCGCCACCAGCCUCCACCGCCUCCAACACAACCCCCGCCGACGAGCAUGGCCGAUCGCCUCCGACGAUCGGGUGUAUCAUCCGAAUCCUCUCCUCCGAUUGCAAUCUAAAGCGAAGAGAAACGUAGCGAGAGGGAAACCGUAAAGGUGUUUACUCCCGUUUGACCUGGGACUCCUUGAGUUGAGGCUCGUUCGCUUGCUGCAACUUAUCUUCUUCUUCUUCUCCUUCUUCCUCCUCCUUUUUUUUCUUUACAAUUAAUUAUUGUGGAUAACACUUUGAUUUCAGCUUUAAUAAUACUUCUUCCCCCUUUUUCUUCGAAUUCACCAUCUCAUCAUCACAAUCGCCAUCAUCAUCGGCUAUUUUCUUUAACUUUUCUUCUUCCUUUUCAUCGCUCUUUUUGUUCUUCUCCCGCUCUACUACAUGGCUUCAUCUCUCUCUCUCUCUACCAAGACCGCUGUCUGAAUAUCUCUACUCCGUGCCUCACGUCUAGAACUAGAACUGUCGUCUUCGUUUCUAUGCGGCUCGCUUCUUUCUUACUCUGGUGGCGAUGUGGCGCAGUUCAAGUCUCUGUUCUCUAGAGUAUAUCUUUACCGCCGUCUCCCAAUUCCUAAUCCACUUCUGCUUAGUUUUAUUGAGUUAAUCUCAUUUUUAAUACAAAAUAAAUGGAACCGGAGAGAAUGUAAGGAUGAUAAUACAUUAAUACCUUAUAC